AUGUCAAUACGAAAUCCAAUUGCGUUUAAUGCUGUUCCAACUAAUCAAUUAUUAAUAGCAGGUGGAAUUGGUUUUGGUAUUUAUGCUAUAUUAAUGUUUAAGUAUUAUCCAUCAAGAGCAACAGUUAGAAAAGUAUUUGAAGAUAAAGAUGAAAAUUUUAAAAAAGUAACUGUUAUGCAAUUACCUCAAUACGAAGGUAAUAGAGAGAAGAAAUAA